CAAGUAAACUUGAAGUUUAAAGUUAGAACAGUCGACAGAUAAAGAUGGGAAUUCUGCGGCUUCUGCUACCUUUGUUUUUCUGCUUCAUUGUUCUUGUACCAAGCAGAGCAGCUGAUCAUGACUGUCCUGUUUCAAAAUGUAGUCCUUAUGGUCCGCUUAUCAAGUUUCCAUUCCGUUUUAAGCAUCAACCCCUUCACUGUGGCAAUCCAGAGUUUGAGGUAUCCUGCAGCAGCUUCAGCAAUAUGACCAUGAUUCAGCUCUCAUCAUCCUCAGGACUCUUCACCAUCCAAACAAUUGAUUACGAAAACAAAUACUUCAAGGUCUACAAUGCAGAUGGCUGCCUUCCAAGACGACUUUUAAACUUUACCAUCUCCAGCAGCUCACUCUUUCAACUAGCACGUUAUUUUGGGAUCAACUAUUGCGUCUUUUCCGGGAGUUAUUCUCCCAACUUAACAUUACUGAAUUGUUCUACAGAAGAAAGCUUUGGCACAGGGAGUUUCAACAAGAACUAUGUUCCCAUCACAUGUCUUAGUCGACCAGGGUAUCAGGUUGUGGCUUCUCUACCCUCAACCACUACACUUGACUUGCCUGUAUCAACUUGUCGUAGUUUGAUCGGACUAAUUUAUCUUCCACUACAAAGAGUGGAUGGCAAUCUGGACAACUGUGAACCGGAUAGUGUAUUAACUCUGAAAUGGGACUUUGGCGAUUUCCCAGGAUGUCAAAAAUGUAAAGCAGGAAGGUGCCAGUUCAAUUAUAGCAAAAACCAAAUGGAGUGUCAUUUCAGCCCUCCUCCUCCACCUCCACCUCCACCACCACCUGGUGUAUCUAACUCAAUUAGGCCGGGGUAUAUCAUAGGACCGAUCAUAGCUUGUUUUCUACUCAUCUCAGUAGCAUCGGUAGCAGUUUUCUUCCAUGUCACACAAUCAAAUAGGAGAGGGGAAAAGGAGAAUCAAAUGAAAAUUGAAAGGUUCCUAAAUGAUCACAAGUCUCGUGUACCCACCAGAUACUCUUAUUCUAGUAUAAAGAAGAUGACAAAAGGCUUCAAGAAAAAUUUAGGUGAAGGAGGUUUUGGAAGUGUUUUCUUGGGAAAGCUACCAAACGGUGAUCAAGUCGCUGUAAAGGUCCUGAAUGGUUCCAAAGGAAAUGGAGACGAUUUUGUUAACGAAGUGGGAACCAUUGGUAGAAUUCACCAUGUUAAUGUGGUUCGCUUACUUGGGUUCUCCGCUGAAGGAUGCAAGCAUGCUCUAAUUUAUGAGUUCAUGCCAAACAAGUCCUUAGAGAAGUUCAUCACAUCUAGGGAAUCUAAUAAUAAUGACACUACACUUGACUGGAAGAAACUACAGCACAUUAUCAUUGGUAUAGGAAAGGGGAUUGAAUACCUUCACCAAGGGUGUGAUCAGAGGAUCCUCCACUUUGAUAUUAAGCCUCGGAAUAUCUUGUUAGACCAUGACUUCAAUCCAAAGAUCUCUGAUUUUGGUCUUGCAAAGCUCUGUUCCAAGGAAGAAAGUAUCAUAUCAAUGACUGCUGCUAGAGGCACAGCCGGCUACAUUGCACCUGAAGUGUUCCUUAGGAACUUCAAAAACGUGUCCUACAAAUCAGAUGUAUAUAGUUUUGGAAUGCUGGUGCUUGAAAUGAUAGGAGCUAGAAAGGAGCCUGCUUUUGCAUCUAUUAACAGUGAGGUGUAUUUUCCUGAAUGGGCUUAUAAGCGUCUAAUUGAGGGAGGAACAUUGGAUUUGAAGCUAGAUACUGAUGAAGAUGCUCAUAUUGCAAAGAAACUGGUGAUUGUAGCACUGUGGUGCAUCCAGUGGUACCCUGUGAAUCGUCCAUCCAUGAAAUCUGUUGUUAGAAUGCUAUACGGAGAUUCUGAAAGCUUGAUCAUGCCACCAAAUCCGUUCACCUUCACAAGCACUCAGACAAGUUAGUCUCAUUAUUGAGCAAGAAAUAAAAGUAAUAUACUUCUGCUGAGGUCUGCAACUAAAAGGUCGACUAUGGUGGUGCUAUGAGUUGAUACUCAUUGUCAUUAUUGUAGAUGUUUUCUUUGAUGUGCAUAUCAUGAGAUUCACUCCUGUACGCUGACAAUGUUGUAGCCUAUAUAGGUGCUAGACUCGUAUCUAAAUGAAAAUUUUCAGACAAUGUUCAAAGUAAACACUU